AUGAUUCAACCACAGACAUAUCUCGAGGUUGCGGACAAUAGUGGAGCACGUAAAUUAAUGUGUAUUCGCGUAUUGAACCGUAAAAUUGGACAUAUUGGUGAUGUAAUCAUUGCUGUCGUAAAAGAAGCAUUGCCUAACAUGCCAAUUAAAAAGUCCGAAGUUGUUCGUGCAGUCAUUGUACGUACAGCACACACUAUUCAACGUGACAACGGUAUGUCAAUUCGUUUUGACGAUAAUGCCGCGGUUAUUAUUAACAAAGAGGGAAACCCACGUGGUACACGUGUUUUCGGUCCAAUCGCACGUGAAUUACGUGAACGCGAUUUUAUGAAGAUUGUUUCUCUCGCACCAGAAGUUCUUUAA